AUGUGGAUCUUGCGGUCGACGAUUUCUAAGCAGCGUCAAGCUUACGGUGAGACGGACGCGAACGCAGAGAGAGACGAGGCCAUUGAAUGGCGCCAUAAUAAUUGCCACAAACGCAUACUCGGAGCGCUGCAAGGACCCAAUUCAAGACGAAAAACAUUCGUUACUGUGCAGGCGAGGCCUGAUAAGACCAGUGAUAAGGCUGCCAAGCGCCUCGCUCGAUCACAUGCCGUGAAGCAGGCACUGCAGAAAAAGCGACAACUAAAACAGGAAUCCAUGCAACACUUUUCCGUGCGAACCAUAGAAGAUGAACCAGAGCAAACGAGAAGUAUAUGCCGGAGGCAAUGCUCCAAGCGCACUAUCCCGUCGCCUGCUUCGCUGUCUGCAAGCCUACUUGAUCCAUUCCAAAGCCUUGCGGUGGACUGCAAACGGCUACAGAUCUUGCUGAACGAUUUUAAUGCGCGCCAAGCUCCCGAGCCUGUCUUCAGCAUCGAGGAUGGCUUUCAGAACUUCCAAUCAGUGUUCCGAUCUGGACUCGUUGAUCCGGCUCUGUUAAAUGCCGUGAUGCUCUCCUUGGCCUUCACUGCAAAUGGCGGAAUCAUCAAUAAAGAAUGCCUUGAAUACCAAGGUCAAGCGAUCCACCAUAUUCGUGAAAGAAUAAUUAUGCCCGAUAAGGUUGUAUCCGAGUCAACUAUCGGCGCCAUACUCUUAUUAGUCGGUGUUGAGGCACGCCUUGGCACAACUUCGCAAGUUCAGCUUCACAUGGGCGCAAUCCAGUACCUCCUUAAUGCAUGUGAACCAGUCGUUGUGAAUCUGACUCAAGGCAUCAAGCGCGCCAUAUUCUGGCAGGACUUGAACUCAUCAAUCAUGGUGGGCUCAAAACGCAUAGUCGAUCACACCACUUUCACCGAGCUCCGAUGGCAACGAGAUUCAAUAGCUCCAGACUUCUUUGAGCUACCUUCAGGGUUCCAAGUUCGCUCACAUCUGUUCAGCCAAGAAUUCCUGGAUAUAGUCAGAGACAUCCACGCUCUCCAGUGCAUCAGGAACAUCUAUCAACGUACCGGCCGCCCAGUCUCAACGGUAAACAUCAACAGCCACACAGCAUCCAUACAGUCCCGGCUCCAAGCUCUUCCAAACACUUGCCCGAUAUCCAAGGCUUGCCAUCUCGCAGCAUACAUGUGCUCCGUAAUGCUAUGCUGCAAAGUCUGUACUGGCACCACCGGUUUCAUUGGAGGUGAUGCAUUCUACGCAUUGCAUAAAGCGCAUCCUGAUUGGAAGUAUACCAUCCUUGUCCGAAGUGAGGAUAAAGGAAAGGAUGUGCAGAAGCAAUAUCCUGAUGUGAAGUUGGCGAUUGGAUCGUUGGAUGACUCCAAGGUCAUUGAGAAGGCUGCUUCUGAAGCCGACAUUGUCAUUCAUACCGCUGAAAGUUCCGAUCACCAAGGCGCUGCCAAGGCUAUCGCUGCUGGCCUGCGAUCUACUCACUCGAGCUCGAAUCCCGGUUACUGGAUUCACAUCAGCGGCACAGGCAUUCUCUGCUGGUAUGACAUGGACAACAAGCGCUAUGGAGAAGCUCCUCUUCCUGAACAAGCCUACAACGAUCUGGAGGGAGUCGACAAGGUCACUUCUCUGCCCGACACUGCUUUCCACCGUGAUGUCGACAAGAUUGUUCUCGGCGAAGCUGCCAAGGAUCCCAGUGCAGUAAAGGUCGCCAUCGUCUGCCCUCCUACCAUCUACGGAACCGGCCGAGGACCCGCCAACCAGCGAAGUCGCCAAAUCCCAGGGUUGACAGAGACCACUCUCGAGAAGGGCUUUGGCCCCAUCAUCGGCGCUGGCGAGACAGAAUGGGAUAACGUGCACGUCCAUGAUCUCUCCAACCUACUUGUUCUCUUAUCUGAGCGCGCAGCCUCAUCUGAGAAGCAGUCCGACGAACAGGAAAUCUGGGGUCCGAAGGGUUACUUCUUUGCUGAGAACGGCAAACAUAAAUGGAGCCAGAUCUCAGCUCUUAUUGCCAAGGAGGCUAAGAAGCAGGGCGUUAUUGACAGCGAUGAGACCAAGGUUCUUGAUGUUGAUGAGGCGCAGAAGAAGUUGGGAUUCCAGGCUCUUUCGUGGGGAUUGAACAGUCGUGGUGAGGCAAAGCGGGCGAGGAAGUUUCUUGGCUGGAAGCCGGUGGGCGAGAGCCUGGAGGAGUGGAUUCCUGAGUCGGUCCAGAUUGAAGCGAAGCGAUUGAACAAAGCCUAA